AUGAGCUGUGUACACGCCAAUGGUGGGGCUCCAACCGAAGCGGAGGAUCUACCGGCUGGAGUGGCCCUUGUCGGAGACCAGGAACCAGUUCCCGGAACGAACACGGAACAGUUCUUCGGAGGUCGCGGUCGAUUCUUUCGUCAUCGCUUCCGGUUCCCGUUUGGCGGAGGUUUCCGCUACGGAUGGCGCUACCCUCUUGGCUGGUGGAACACGUUCGGACGUCCCAUCUACGGCCCCGGCUGUCUGUUUGGCCGUCCUGUCGGCGGCUUCUUCUACUGUUAA